AUGCCUACUCGCGCACUUCACUUUGUUUUCAAAAUUGCCAAACGAAAUGAGGUCAUUAAGUUCUAUAAAGAAGUUCUUGGAAUGAAGGUAUGCUCAAUGCUUAGUUACACUGCUGUAAAGGUCUUGAGACAUGAGGAAUUUCACGAAGGUUGCAAAGCUUCAUGCAAUGGGUAGGAAGAUUCGCUCCUCAUGUAACCUCCGCUAGCCCCUAUGACGGAAAGUGGAGCAAAACAAUGAUCGGCUAUGGAUCUGAAGAUACUCAUUUCGUCCUGGAAUUGACUUAUAAUUAUGGAAUUAGUGGUUAUAGGCAUGGAAACGAUUUCAAGGCUGUGCACAUCAACUCGCCCGAUGUUUUCGAGCGUUCGAAAAUGUUCUUUAAUGCAUCCGAAGUAAAGGAAGGUUGCGUUGAAAUCCUAGAUCCAGCGGGUUAUCGGUUCGUUGUCCACAACGUGAGCACCGGUGGCGAUCCCGUGACAAUGGUUGAGCUUUCUGUUUCUAAUGUGGACCAGUCACUUGGUAUUCUUCCUACUUAA